UAACACCAGGUCCAAUGCAGACAGUAUCUUCAUUGCCAUCUGUAAUUGUGCCUUCUCCGACUCCAUCUGUUGAUGUAUUACCAUCAUUCAGUGCAGUCCCUUCACCAACAAGAGCUCCAACACAGACAAUAUCUUCAGUAUCAUCUGUAAUUGUCCCGCCACCUCCUCCCCCAUCUGUGAUUGUCCCGCCACCUCCUCCCCCAUCUGUGAUUGUAUCACGAUCGGUCAUUGUAGUUCUUUCACCAACUAUUGCUCUACAGACAGUGUAUCAAAUGUCGGCUUUAUUGGAACUCACUCCAGUUCCUUCAGGUUUACUUACAUCAACUAUAGUACCAACAGUUCACGUUGCACCAACUCCAUGUCACUUGAUAAAUUGCCCUGUGCUGCAUUGUCCCAUGCAUGGCAGUAUGUCUACUAACGACAGUGUUUGCAAUACAACUGUGCACUUUGGUUGUGACGAUGGCUACUUUCUUGUUGGUCGCUCAAACUUAACCUGCCAGCCAAAUGGAGAGUGGGAUGGAAAUCCACCUUCUUGCGAAGGUAUUGUGACUUAUCUAGUACUUGUGGUUGCUUGAGAUUAGUCUGUAUGUAAUUGUGUAUGAUUUAUAUUUUAUUCAGUUAGUUACUGUCCAGAAUUAGUUCUUCGUUACAGUGGGUCAUUAUCAACAACCGAGACAUCAUGCAAUACAACUGUAGGCAUUGUGUGUGAUAAUAAUGGGGAGUUUCUGUGAUCUGACAUGGGGAUCGUUGGCAAU